AUGUCCAAUUCGUUAAACAUAGAAGCCAUCUCCCCUGUUUAUUUACAUGGUUUUGGUGGGGAUAGUCAAGCCACUCCCAAUCAGCAAGUUAGUUCUACAUUACUCUUCAAUGUUCGAGCCGCUAAUGGCACCCCUACCCUCUACGAAACCAAACCGGUGAGUUUCUUUAUCUCCGACUGGUUACCCCGUGGAUGCGAGGCCCUUUUCGGAUUCGAUCACCUUCAGGAAACCCUUAUCGGUAUCUCCUGGGACCAAUCAACGUCCCCUCUAACGUUCCAGCUAGACCUACCUAAAGUACGUUACCCGGUGGUGUUUCUCAUUUCUCAAGCUCCGGAACAGCUCUCUAAGACCGACAUUUCAUCGGUCUAUGGCCCACGGAGUGAGAAGCUUCCCGACGAGUAUGACUUCCGACACUUGGAUAGUCUGGCGAAGAUACUAAACAAGAGCCCCAUCGAGCUCCAGACACUCAAGGACCCCCUGAAUGAAGCACGCUACAAUCCCCGACGCCCACGAUAUAUAAAUGAUGGGACAAGCUCAGCCAAUGGGUCAGUUCAAUACGCAUCGUCCUGA